GGAUCGUGACCCCUGGCAUCGGUCCGGCCACGGCGUGGCAUGGCCAAGAUAUGAAAGCGCGGAAAUCAGCUGCUCUUAAAUGCCAGCACGAGAUUCACUGGCGUCGGCCCCCGAUCAUCAUCCUCGUCUCACCUUCGUGGUUUGACUCGAUCAGUAGAGCUCGGGCUGCUGCUGGCCCGGUCGGCUCGGCUUUGGAUUGGAUCGCGGAUCGGGACGGGACUCUCGGUUUUCAGCUUGUCAGCGAGGGAUUAUAAUCGUUGGGAGCCUCGAGAAGGAAGGCGGAGAGGUUAGAGAAAAAAUAUGGCGAACUAUUUGGUUCACGGGUGUCUACAUGUUUGUAUCUACGAGGCCGAUGGGUUGGUGGAUGAGGAGCGCAGCAGCGGAGGUGCUCCCCUCUUCUUCCGGAAGUUGGUGGAAAACAUCGAGGACACCAUCGGCAUCGGGAAGGGCAAGAGCAGGCUCUACGCGACUGUGGAUCUGGGCAAAACCCGAGUCGGAAGGACUCGCAUCAUCGAGAAGGAGCCCGUGCGCCCGGUCUGGAACGAGUCGUUCCGCAUCUACGCAGCGCACUCUGUUCCGGAUGUGGUGAUCACCGUCAAGGACGACAAUACGAUCGGAGCCACAUUGAUCGGGCGGGCGAAGGUGCCCGUGUCCGAGGUGCUGUCUGGUCGCGUGAUCGAUGACUGGUACGAUCUGUUCCGCGACAAUGGCGAUCCCGUCAAGGGAGGCGAAGCGAAAGUGCGAUUCAGAAUGCAGUACUUCGCGGCUGUGGACGACGAGUGCUGGGGCCGUGGAAUCAACAGCCCUGACUUCCCUGGUGUUCCCUACACCUUCUUCCAGCAGCGCAAGGGAUGCCGCGUCCGCCUUUACCAAGACGCGCACAUGGCCGACAAUUUCUUGCCGCCAAUCUAUCUCGACAAUGGCCAGCACGAACCCACUCGCUGCUGGGAAGAUGCGUACCAGAUGAUUAUGGGCGCGAAGCAUUUGAUCUACAUCACCGGGUGGUCUGUGUACACCGAGAUCAAGCUCAUCCGCGACGAAGACAGGAUGAUCGAAGGUGCGGAAGGCGUGACUCUCGGCGAGCUGCUGAAGCGCAAGGCCGCUGAGGGCGUGAAGGUGAAUCUGCUGGUUUGGGAUGACCGAACCUCGAUCGGAUUUUUGAAGAGGGAUGGUCUCAUGGCCACCCACGACGAGGACACUGCCAACUUUUUCGAGAACACUGAAGUGAAGUGUAUUCUCUGCCCGCGUAACCCUGAUGACAGCCUGAGCAUCAUCCAAGGUUUCCAGAUCGGUACCAUGUUCACCCAUCACCAGAAGACCUUAAUUGUCGAUGCUCCUGUCCCCGGGGGAGACGAGGACGGCCAGCGCAGAAUUCUCAGCUUGGUCGGAGGUAUCGAUCUGUGCGACGGACGGUAUGAUACCCAGCACCACCCGAUCUUCCGCACUUUGGCCACCGUGAAUCACGAUGAUUUCCAUCAGCCUAAUUUCGCGGGCGCUUCGAUCGAGUGCGGAGGCCCUCGUGAGCCAUGGCACGACAUUCAUGCCCAAGUCGAGGGUCGUGUUGCUUGGGACAUCCUGUACAACUUCGAGCAGAGAUGGAGGAAGCAGGCAGGAGCCGAUAACGCUGAAAGGCUGGUCACCAUCGUCGACCAGAAUGACAUCGAUCCACCUUCGGAUGUGACCGAGGAGGAAGACCCCGAAACCUGGAAUGUUCAGUUGUUCAGGUCCAUCGACAAUGGUGCUGUGGAUUUCCCCGAAGAGCCCGACGAGGCAGCGAAGUGUGGUCUUGUCAGUGGAAAGGAUAGUGUCAUCGACCGCUCCAUCCAGGACGCUUACAUCAGUGCUAUCAGACGAGCCAAGGACUACAUUUACAUCGAGAACCAGUACUUCCUUGGAAGUGCAUUCGGAUGGGACGACAAGAGGGACUCGGGAGCAUCCCACCUCAUCCCCAUGGAGCUGGCUCUGAAAAUUGUGAGCAAGAUCGAAGCCGGCGAGCGAUUUGCAGUCUACGUCGUGGUUCCCAUGUGGCCCGAGGGUGCCCCCGAGAGUGGAUCGGUCCAGGCUAUUCUUAACUGGAUGCACAGGACUCUGCAAAUGAUGUACAAACUGAUCGCUCAAGCACUGCACGCCGCUGGAAGUGACGAGAGUCCAAGGGACUACUUGAAUUUCUACUGUCUCGGUAACCGUGAGGCUUACCAGGAUGGGGAGUAUGAGCCAACCGGCAAGCCAGAGCCAGAAUCCGACUACGAUUUGGCUCAGAGGAACAGACGUUUUAUGAUAUAUGUCCACUCGAAGAUGAUGAUUGUUGACGACGAAUAUAUCAUUGUGGGAUCUGCGAAUAUCAACGAGCGAUCAAUGAACGGAUCCCGAGACUCUGAAAUCGCCAUCGGUGCAUACCAGCCGCAUCAUCUGUUGAACAGCGAGGGCUUCCCUCAUGGGCAGGUGCACGGUUUCAGAAUGUCUCUUUGGUUUGAGCACAUGGGAAGACUUGAAAACUGCUUCUUGAGCCCGCAGUCUUUGGAGUGCGUACAGACCGUCAACUCCAUUGCGGAUGAGUUGUGGGCGUACUACACGCAGGAGGAGCCAGUAGAUUUGUCGGGACACCUUCUACCCUUCCCCGUCGCUGUCACCCACGAAGGAGAUGUCACGGAGUUGCCAGGCAUGACCUGCUUCCCAGACACUAAAGCUCCCAUUCUGGGAGCCUUGCAAGAUGCCCUGCCCCCAAUUCUGACCACUUAAGAGGCUGGUGGAUGUGUACUUUCGUCUGUUCUUCCGUCUGCCCGACCGACUCUUGGUCGAAGUUGGCUGGCCGUGAAAGAUCUUCUCCAGUCCGGGAACGAGUGUCACGAGCAAAACUUACCAGUCUCUGUGCAUGCAAAAUCGAGACAGCACUUGUCAGUGGUUACGUUUUAUCCCCAUCAACGACGACACUCUCUGCGAAGAACGUGAACGUUAAUCUGUGACUCUGUAAAAACUUGAAUGCUGUGGCCUAGCUGCGAACGGGAUCUGUUGCGUUGUCAGGGAAGAGACUCACGGCGGAACAGAGGAGUAAGAAUGUCCUGAAAAACAAUUUUCUGCCUACUAGCUAGUCCAGACGCUAUGUGUUUCACACUCCAUGCCCUGAACGAGGAACCGCCAUCAUUUUCAAGCAUGCCAAUCCCCCAAGACACGAUUGUACAGUUCAGCGCAUGAAGUUUGUUCUGUUUGUAGUUAAAAUUCUCAGCACGAGCCUUCGGAUGUUGCCAACCGCUUGGAUUUGAAUAUCUUAUCUUGAUCUUUCUCCAAUGUUUGCCGAGUGCAGUUUGCUGAUGUUGCUUUCCGUGCUGGUGAAGGGCAAUGGACUUGUUGCCUAUGUCUACAGGUUUAAUCUGUUAAAUGCAUCCAUUUCAACAUUGAAUCGAAUCGUCAUUUUAUGGCCAAUUAC